GCCCUUUAUCCUCAGAGAACGCAGCCGACACCAUGUCACCCUCCUCUCUCCUCCUCCUCGUCCUCCUCCUCCUCCUCACUCUCCCUUCCUUCUCCCACUCCUCCUGCCACCCAUCAGACCGCGACCUUCUCUCCCUCGCCUUCAGCUCCGUCUCCGGAUUCCAACUCCCCGACCUGGCCCCCGACGACGACAGAAACUGCUCCAAAAUACGGCAGAUAAGGCUCCCCAAUAGGAACCUCAGCGGCACCGUGUCUUGGGUGUUCCUGCGGAACAUCACUAGUCUCCAGGUACUCGACCUCUCCAGCAACGCUCUUGAGGGCUCUAUCCCCGGCCGCUUCUGGUUCGCCCCGGCCCUCCUCGAGGUCAACCUCGCCGCCAACCGCUUCGGUGGCGCCAUCCGGCUCGAACCGGGCCCGUCCGGCACGGCUCAGCUGCCCCUCAAGGUCCUCAACGUCUCCGACAACCGGCUCACCAGCGCGGUGGGCCUCUCCGGGUUCGGCGGCCUCCAAGUGCUCGACCUCUCCCGGAAUGAUGUCGGCGUCGUGCCGGUGGGCUUGGAGGCCCUCAUAGGCUUGAAACAUCUAGACGUUUCUCAUAACUCUAUGGCCGGGAAUUUUCCCAAAGACUUCCCGCCGCUCGCUGGCCUUGGCUUCUUAAACAUCUCUUUUAAUAACUUCACUGGCGUGGUGAAGCCCAUGGAGGUCAAGAAGUUUGAGAGAUCCGCGUUUAUAAAAGCCGGCUCUCUUAACUUCUCUUCUUCUACUCAAGCAGCCGCUGGCCCCACUUCCUCUUCAUCUUUAGCUUCUCAUGGAAAGAAACGCAAAUCAAAGAGCCACGAAGGGGCCCUGAAAUUGGGAGUUACAAUAGCCGCUGCCUCUCUUGUUGUCUUCUCUGUUAGCUUGUGUUUUAUAUGCCGUGAUGAGGAAGAGGAGGAAGAGAAAGGGACGGAAGGAUGGGUGGAAGGGAGAGGACCCAGCGGCCGCGGCCUCGACAGUGCAGGCGGCGGUGGGAAGGAGGCGCGGUGGGGAGCAGAGGCGAGGUGGGCGGCGGCGCCUGUUGUGGUGUUCGAGAAGCCGCUGAUGGAGCUGACGUUCGCGGACCUGGCGACGGCCACGUCGGGCUUCGGGAGGGAGUCGCAACUGGCGGAGGGCGGCAGGAGCGGGCCGGCUUUCCGGGUGGUGCUCCCCGGAGACAUGCACGUGGUGAUUCGGGUGCUGGAGGCUGCCCGCGAGGUGGACGAGCGGGAGGCCACGGCCGCCUUCCGCGACCUCGCCCGCCUCCGUCAUCCCAACCUCCUUCCCCUCCUCGGUUACUGCAUCGCAGGAAGGGAGAAGCUGCUGCUAUACGAGUACAUCGAGAAGGGAGACCUCCACCGGUGGCUCCACGAGCUACCGGCGGCACGCCCUGACGUUGAGGACUGGAGCAGCGACACGUGGGAGAUUAACCACGGCGAGGAGAAGAGGCCGCCGCCGGCGGCACCGGGAGAGGUGGGGAACUGGCCGACGCGGCAUCGGAUCGCGCUAGGCGUCGCGCGUGGUCUAGCUUUCCUCCACCAGGGGUGGGCUGGCUCGUGGCAGGCCGUGGUCCACGGACACCUCGUCCCGACCAACAUUCUCCUCGGCGAGGACCUGGAGCCCCGAAUCGCCGACUUCGGGGUGGCAGCAGUAGGCGAGGGCACGGCGGAGGGGGACGUGUACAGCUACGGGGUGGUGUUGAUGGAGCUGGUGACGGGGAGGGAGACGUGGUCGGAGGCGGAGGUGGGAUGGGCCCGGAGGCUGGUGAGGGAGGGGCGGGCGGCCGAGGCGGUGGACCCCAGGCUGAGGGUAUGGCCGGAGUGGGAGAAGGAGGCGGCGGAGUGCCUCCGGGUGGGGUAUCUCUGCACCGCCGAGUCGUCGGAGAAGCGACCCACCAUGCAGCAGGUUGUAGGGCUCAUCAAAGACGUGCGCCCUCCCGCCGCCGCCACCUCAUCGUCUUCGUCUUCUUCUCAUUAAAGGAGCUAGGCACCGAUUCCAACUCCUUUUCUUUUCUUCUUUUAAUAUUAUAGUUCUUUUUUCGAUCUCGUUAGGUGAUCUAUCCUUCUUGUUGUUUUAUUGAGGAGGGGUGGGGGAGUGGGCGACAGAGAACAGUGGCGUGGGGAGAAGAAAUGGGAGUAGAUCACAAAACAACUACUAUAACUGGAGAUAGUGGGGAUUUUGUUGUCGAUCAGCGAAUCCCACUGGCACGCUAUCUUUUAGGUUUGUAUAAGAGAGUCCAUGGGGGAAAAGGUUUGCACAAAGAAGUUGAGGUCAGUAUGUAUCAGAAAAAAGAAGAAGAAGAAGUUGAGGUCAGUGAUGCAGAAGGAGAAAUGAGAGUGCUGCUUGUUUUUUUGCGAUCGGCCAGUUAGAGAGAGGGGGCAUCUGUUUUUGUUCCUACCUGUUUAUUUCUAUGCUUUUUGGAUGUAGUUUAGUUGCUUUUAGAUUCUCAAGACAAAAGGAUCCUGGAUGAUUUCUACCUGCAA